AAAAUUUCAGCGAAAUCUGAUGAGAAUUGCGCCUUCCAGCGGUUCAAGAAGUCAAGAUCCAAGGUCGGUUUAUAUGGCAGCUAUAUACGGUUAUGAACCAAUUUAGACCAUACCUAGCACAGUUAUUAAAAGUGAUACCAAAACACCAGGUGCAAAAUUUGGAAGUCAUAACAAAACACUUCAUAGAAAAUUUCAGCGAAAUCGGACGAGAAUUGCGCCCUCUAGAGGCUCAAGAAGUCAAGACCAGAGACCGGUUUAUAUGGCAGCUAUAUCAGCCAAAUCGAAUAAAAAUUGCGCCCUCUAAAGCCGAAGAAGUCAAGACACCAGAUCAGUUUAUAUGGUAGCUAUAUUAGGUUAUGAAGCGUUGUGAACCAUACUUAGCACAGUACUUGAAUGUGAUACCAAAGCACAGCGGGCAAAAUUUCAGUGAAAUCGAACAAGAAUUGCGCCCUCUAGAGGCUCAAAAAGUCUGGAUUUGUUUGCAGAGUUGCAUUUUUAAUGCGCGCGAAUUAACUAUAUUCAAUUGAUAAGAACGAAUGACAAGUAAUCAAAAUGUCUGGAAGCAAUGUGUGUCGAUUGUGUAGAUCUACUUGUACUGAAACCAUAUGUCUUUUUGAUCCCAGCGGCAAUGCAAAUGAGGUGUAUAACAUUACAGUGAAAUUUUUUCACCCAGUGUUUCUCCAAAAUGAAUCGAAAGGAUCAAUAGCUGUGGUGGCAGUCCUAUGCAUGCAAUGCUGGCAGCAAAUCUUUCGUUUUCACAAUUUUCAACAAACUGUGGUACUGUUACAGGCCCACCUGUUAAAUGAACAACAAGAGGGAGCAGCGUUGCAGUCUGAUAAGCUCACUACUCUCAGUAUCGAGGAAGAUAUACAAAAACACUUUAAUAUCGGCGGUGAUAUAGAGUGUGACGCAAGUGGUUCCGUGCAAGACAGUGAGACACAACCUUCAACCUCGUCACUAGGUGGCGCCUUUGGUACAGGGCAAUUAAUUAUAACAAAUCAUGGUAUAAAAUUGUUAAGUAAGUCAGAGUGCAAUGUUAACAGAAUGCCUGUUUCCAAGAACCCAGAGCCUAGAGAAGAAAGUAUUUGUGAAAAUCAAGAAGCCGUGGAGAAUGAAUUACCAGGCGACGAUGUUGGGGAUGCGAAUAUGAUUUUGGACAUUGACGAAAACAGCCAAUGCACACUCCAAUCCUCUGAAACAGUCAACGUAGGUUUCACUUGCACUUGGAAGAAGUCAUCCUCUGAUGACGAAGCUCAUGCGUUAACAUCUUCCACAUCCCGAGGCUCGAACCCUGCCUCGGUUAAGACUGAGCUUCCAUUCGAUGUUGAAGAUGAUGAAGAUGAAUCCCGUUCCGACAACACCCUUGACGACUAUGAUUUAUGCACUCCCAUAACCUCAGAGAACAAUACUAACGAUUCGCGCAGAGAAGUUAGUAAACAAACGUUUCAGUUCGACAUGGUUAUUGCCGAAUGGAAACCCACACUAGAGUGCCACGCGUGCGGAGAAAUAUACAAGACAUUUUCGGAACUUAAAAUCCAUUUUAAGAUUAAACACGUUAAUGAAAGGUUUUACAUUUUAUGCUGUGAACGCAAGUUUUCAGAGCGCUUUCGCUUGCAAGAACAUGCAUUGCUCCAUCUGAAACCUGAUGCUUUCAAAUGCAACAUUUGCAGCUUAAAUUUGGGCACUAGAUUCAAUUUAAAGAAUCACAUAAGGAACAUGCAUUCGGUCGGUGAUAACAGUGAGCACAAGCGAUAUGUUUGUGAUGUGUGCGGCAAGAGAUAUGCCACUCCGUCAAGCCUGCGUGAUCAUCAUGGGAUUCACACAGGUGUCCCAAUGCACACAUGCGAGUUUUGCGGCCACAAAUUUAAGUUUCGUUCAACCUGGCGAUACCAUAUAGUCAAACAGCACCCAAAUGAAGUGGGCAAUUUAAUGUGGAAACGCGUUUCCAUUGAAUGUAAAUUUUGUGAAGCCAAAUUCCAAAGUCGCCGCAAGCAUGGUGAUCAUUUGAGAAGCAAUCACCCAGAUGACCCUGAGGAAAGCAAAACACCAACAUAAUUCACAAUGCACUGUAUUUGUGAGCAAAACAUGUUAUCAUUUAAACUUACAAUACCUCGUGUUAAUAAAUUUUAUAGAAAGUA